CUUACAAACAAAUACAUAAUUAUAGAUAUAUAUAUACAUAUAUAUAUGUAUACAAAUAUACAUGGUUUUGCACAGCUAAACGACAAAUUGAGUUUCUGCGGUGUGAAUUAACAAAAGAAAGCGCAAAAGUUGGAGUUAAACAAGUCCAGUGCAAACGAACUUAAGAAAUAGUAAAAAUCAAAUUCGAGCAAAAUCAAAACCAAACGAAGCGAAAGCUUAGUGAACUGAAACUCCAUAAACGCGACGCGAAGUGAAAAAUAAAAAAUUCAAGUAAACCAACAUGGCCUGGGGCUAUUGGUCCGCCACGACUGUGGAUCGCGGACGAUCGCCGCGCCGCCUGACCCAAUGUGCUCCGCUUCCGGUCAACAUAGUGCAGCAGGAGGAGGAGGAGGAGCAGCCCUGCCUGCCGCAACAGCAGCAGCAGCAGCAAGCGCAGCAGCAACAGCAAUCGCAGACCUGCCCCAGCACACCAUCGGCCAAUCAGCAGGGCAGUGGCAACUUGUGCUACAGCCCCACCUGUCGGUCCCGCUGCUCGAGUCCUUGUCCAGGAUCGCCGUGCGGCUCCAUCACGCCGCCACCUCCGCCGAUGCUCACGUCCUCGCAGCAGCACCUGCACUCCAAUAAAAAUUGCCCGGCUGCCCAGCAACUGAUGACUCACCUGGAUUACGCCGCUCGGAGACAAUCGCUCGACCAGCUGGACAGUCCACAGUCCAAGUACUUUGACAUUCAGGCCAACCAGCUGUCGGACAUCAUGUGCCGCGGUGCGGUGGUCAGUUCCAUUCAGUCGGCGAACAACACGCUGACCCGUGGCGUAUCGAUGCACAGCCGGAGUGGCAGUGCCCACGGGAGUCACCAUGGCAGCCACCACAGUCACAGUCAUCAUGGCAGUGCCCACGGAUCGCUUGGCUGUUUGCAGGGCGGCGUGGGAGUGGGCGUGGGCGUGGGCGUGGGCACAGGGAGUACGGGCAGCAUUGGCAUGAUGUCGGCGGGACACAUCGACACCGGUGACUACGAUGUGCCGCAUCCGCAUCCGUAUACGCAUCAUUAUAUGCAGACGACGGCUUCGGUGACCCCGCCACAUACGUCGCUCAGUCGUCCGGGAUCGGCGGGCGCCGUGUGCCAGGGUCACGACUCUGGAUCGGAUUCCAGUCAGGGCUGCGGCGGAUCCAUCAUGGGCGGCAUGCUUGUCAUGGGUCAUCCGGGGCACAUGGGCAGCCUGGGUCAUCACAGCGCCGGCAGCGGAUCGCUGGGCAGGUGCUCGAGCAGGUGUCACAACACGAACACCACCACGACGGAUGACUCAGGCGGUGGCAGCAGCGGCGGCGGCGGCGGAGGAGGAGUGCCGGGCACCAUGAGCAGUGCCUCCAUGGCGGUGGGAAUGCCGGGCAUGCUGAUGGACUACCAUCACAGUCACCACAGUGGCAGUGCCGGCAGUGGCCUAAACGGAUGCGGCGGCGGUAGCAUCGCUGGUGGCAGCAUCGGGGGAAGGAGCAGUGUGAUGGGCACGAUCCAUAAUGGACAUGGCCAUCAUCAUCAGCAGUAUCACCACGAGUGCAUCCACUACGAGCGGCUGCCCAUUCCCGUGCCCAUACCCACUGUCCCCAUGGGCGUGGCACCGCCCUCGCAGCAGAUGUCACAGCACCAGCUCCAAUCGGAGGAGGAGAUCGAGCCGGCCUAUGCGACAGUAUUCCCCAAUGUUCCUCAAGCGCCGGGAUUGUCCUGCGAUGGCGAAGAUCGCAGCAUCUAUCGACGCGGUGCUAGACGCUGGCGCAAGUUGUAUCGCGUCAAUGGACACAUCUUCCAGGCCAAGCGUUUCAACCGGCGUGCUUUCUGUGCCUACUGCCAGGAUCGAAUCUGGGGACUGGGCCGUCAGGGUUUCAAGUGCAUCCAGUGCAAGCUGUUGGUGCACAAGAAGUGCCAUAAGCUGGUGCAGAAGCACUGCACCGACCAGCCGGAGCCGCUGGUCAAGGAGCGGGCGGAGGAGUCCAGUGACCCGAUGCCGGUGCCCUUGCCGCCGCUUCCCUACGAGGCGAUGGGCGGCGGAGCCGAUGCCUGCGAGUCGCACGACCAUGCGCACAUAGUGGCGCCACCGCCACCGGAAGAUCCAUUGGAGCCGGGCACACAGCGCCAGUAUUCGCUGAACGACUUCGAGCUGAUACGGGUCAUAGGACGCGGCAGCUAUGCCAAGGUGCUGAUGGUGGAGCUACGACGCACACGACGCAUCUACGCCAUGAAGGUGAUCAAGAAGGCGCUGGUCACCGACGACGAGGACAUCGACUGGGUGCAAACGGAGAAGCAUGUGUUCGAGACGGCCUCGAACCACCCGUUCCUGGUGGGGCUGCACUCGUGCUUCCAGACGCCCUCGCGGCUCUUCUUCGUCAUCGAGUUUGUGCGCGGUGGCGAUCUGAUGUACCACAUGCAGCGGCAACGGCGGCUGCCCGAGGAGCACGCCCGUUUCUAUGCAGCCGAGAUUAGUCUGGCGCUGAACUUCCUCCACGAGAAGGGCAUCAUUUAUCGCGAUCUGAAGCUGGACAAUGUGCUGCUGGAUCACGAGGGCCACAUCAAGCUAACGGAUUACGGCAUGUGCAAGGAGGGCAUUCGAUCUGGGGACACCACCUCCACGUUUUGCGGCACACCCAACUACAUUGCCCCUGAGAUCCUGCGGGGCGAGGACUACGGUUUCUCGGUGGACUGGUGGGCACUUGGCGUCUUGCUCUACGAGAUGUUGGCCGGGCGUAGUCCGUUUGAUCUGGCAGGAGCCUCUGAGAAUCCCGAUCAGAACACUGAGGACUAUCUGUUUCAAGUGAUCCUGGAGAAGACCAUUCGUAUACCCCGCUCACUGAGCGUUCGUGCGGCCUCUGUCUUAAAAGGUUUCCUCAACAAGAAUCCCGCUGACCGUUUGGGCUGCCAUCGGGAGUCCGCGUUCAUGGAUAUCGUCAGCCAUCCCUUCUUUAAGAAUAUGGAUUGGGAAUUGAUAGCUCAAAAGGAGGUGCAACCGCCUUAUAUACCCAACAUAGACACGGGAGAUCCGUAUGUGACAAGCAACUUUGAUGUGCAAUUUACCCAAGAACCGGCUGUACUAACGCCAGAUGAUCCUCAUGUCAUUGACAAUAUCGAUCAAUCCGAGUUCGAGGGCUUUGAGUAUGUGAACCCCUUGCUGAUGUCUCUGGAGGAUUGCGUCUGACACCACGAAAUGUGCGACUUACAUCCGUAUAACAUGCGGCUCUAUGGCGAGGAUUCCAGUGAUUACGAUUCCGUGGCUGACGAUUUGAGUCUCCUGCAUUUGAACAGCGCAGCGGGAGCUGGUGGAUCAGUUAGCAGCAAUAACAAUCUCAGCCAGCAGCAACAUUAUCGCCAGCAACAGCAGCAAUAUCAACCCCAUUCAGCAUACUCACAACAGCAACAGCAGCAACAUCAGCAGCUGCAGCAACUUCAGCAGCAUCAACAGCAGCAGCAGCAGCAGCAACAACUUCAUCAUAAUGCACAUGUUUUGCCUUCCAUUGAACUAAUUAAAAUAACGAAUUAGAUAAAACCACAAGCAACAACAAUGAGCCACACAGCAGCAACAAAUAGAAGAGCAACUAUGAAAAUUAAAACGAUUCCAAAAAUAUAAAUUUCAUAAUAUACAAUCUAUAUAAUCCUUUCUCAACAACAGACACAACUUUCAAAAGCAAAGUAUAUUUAUUAUAUAAAAUGCAAAAGCAAAACAAAACAAAAUGAAACAAAAACUGUCACAAGUUGCAAGUAUUACACUAAACGAUUACUUUACUAUUUAAGCACCUAGGCAGACAGGCAAACUUUAUGCAAGCAAAGGAUAAACCAUUUCAUAACUCAA